AUGGUAGUUCCUCUUGUGUCCUUGUUUUACAACUUUUUCCUCUUUCUCAUACUUUCGUCCUCCAACGUAACUGCUCAACCAUCUAGCACAGAUACAGACUUUUCAUGUUCGUUUAACUCUUCCUUUUCUUGUGAUACUUUUAUUUCAUAUCGUGCCCGUCCACCAAAUCAUUUAGAUGUCGGAAGUAUCUCUGAUCUUCUUGAAGUCAGUCGUUUAAGUGUAGCUACGGCCACAGGUCUAGCCUCAGAGGAUACUGAGCUAUUCCCUGACCAGCUUUUACUCGUACCUGUUAAAUGCUACUGCAAUAGUUCUCAUUAUUUCUCCAAUGUCACCUAUCAGAUCAGAAAAGGUGACAGCUUUUAUUCAGUUUCAAUAAGAGCAUUUGAGAACCUUACUAAUUAUCAUGUGGUGCAAGAUAUGAAUCCAACACUAGAUCCAACCAACUUGACAAUUGGAGCAGAAGCUGUUUUUCCUUUGUUUUGUAAAUGCCCCACACAUUCUGAUCUCGAAAAGGGACUUCAGUACCUGGUCACUUAUGUUUGGCAGCCUUGGGAUGACGUGUUGCCUGUAAGCAAUAUGUUUGGAGCAUCUGCAGCUGACAUUCUGGCUGCCAACAAUUACAGAAAUUUCACUGCUGCAAUAUGUUCUCCUGUCUUAAUACCAGUAAAACUUCCUAUAAUUCUGCAAUCUUACCCCUCUUCUGCAAGCAGUAGAAAAUCCAAGCAUGGAUGGAUAGUGAUUACUGUUUUAGGUAUUAUGGGGUUGCUUGCAGUUUUUUCAUUUUGCUUGAUGGUAUACAUGCGUCAUCUAGAAGAGAAGAGGAGGUCUAACUUAGCUCAUAACUCUUCUACUCUUGAAACUUCUGAUCUCUUUCAUACCAAGAAAGCCUCCGAAGGUGAAAUUAUGGACCAUAAGAACAUUCAAGAUAAGCUUCUUCCUGGAGUUUCUGGCUACAUUGGAAAGCCAAUAAUAUAUGACCUGAAGAUCAUCAUGGAGGCGACCGUCGACCUCAGUGAGAGAUACAGGAUAGGAGGAUCAGUGUACAAGGCCACAAUGAACGAUCAAGUUGUAGCUGUCAAGAAAAGAAAACAAGCCUCGGAGGAAUUGACAAUACUUCAAAAACUACAUCACGCAAAUCUAGUGAAACUGAUGGGCGUUUCAUCAGAUGAUCUUGGGAAUUCCUUCUUAGUUUAUGAAUAUGCUGAAAAUGGCUCACUGGAUGAAUGUUUGUUUCCCGGAUCAUCAUCAUCUUCUGCUGCCUCUGUCAUAGUGACAUCACUUGAUUGGAGACAAAGAUUACACAUAGCCUUGGAUGUUGCAAAUGCUCUGCAAUACCUGCAUGAACAUACUCAACCUAGUAUAGUUCACGGGGACAUCCAAACCUGUAAUAUACUUCUUGAUUCAAGGUUUAAAGCUAAAAUUGCGGGUUUCUCUACAGCCAGACAUGCCACCAACUCAUUGAUGCUGAAAGUUGAUGUGUUUGCUUUUGGGAUUGUGCUGUUGGAGUUGCUUUCGGGGAAGAAAGCAACGGAAUCAAAAGAUUAUAAUGACGAGACUCUGAUCAUGUGGAAAGAAAUUAGUAGAAUCUUGGAAGUUGAAGAUAACAGAGAGGAGAAGUUUAGAAGGUGGAUGGAUCCAAAGUUGAGCUUUUACCCUGUUGAUGAUGCUCUAAACUUGGCUGCCUUGGCGACAGCGUGCACAUCGGAGCAAUCAGCAGAGAGGCCUAAGAUGACAGAUAUCGUCUUCAACCUCUGUUUUCUUGCUCAAUCAUCUUUUGAAAUGUAUGGACCGUCUUGGACUUCAGGUGAAGCUGAGGAGAUUGUCCAGAUUGUUAGUCCGGUAAUAGCACGUUGA